AUGUCUCUCACAUCGGUUGACUCCAAUGCCUGCCUGGUAGCAAGCGUGCAUGGAGAGGCCGAGGAACAAAAUUCCCUCACUUUGCCAUUGCCAGGCCGCGAUUCCUCUAGCCGCAAGCCCUCUGUUGCAUCUGUCUCGGCAGACACUGAACAAUUAGCACCUGAAGAAGAAUCUGACGACGACGUUGAUGAUGCGGCUUCCGAAACUUCAACCGUGGUAUAUGGGCACGAACCAUUCGAUACAUUCAAACACAAAGUCUAUCAGCUGGCCUCACAAACCUUCCCCGAAGCAUCGAGCAUUCAGAUCCAGCGGAUGGAAGGGGGAUCCAAUAACCGAGUCGCUGGUAUCACUGUUUCCCCACCCCUACCAAAGAAGUACGCGCCGAAGUGGUUUAAAGGCCGACUCCAGAAGCUAUUCAAGUGCCCAUCAUAUAAAAAGGCAGAGGACUACAUCAUUCGCGUCCCGCGAUAUGACGGAGAAUCCUUGGAGCGCGAUGUUGCAGCUUUGAAGGUGCUUGGCUCUCGACUCUCGUUCCAAUUCCUCGGGUGGUCAAACGAGUUGAAUCUAGAGCAGUGGAAGUGUAUUGCGAAACGUGUCACUAAACUUGUUUCGAAGAUUGCCGCAAUCACCUCUCCAUGUGCCGGAGAGAUUUGCCUUGGAAAUCUGUCAUGUAAAGCUGGCUCUGAGAUCCAAGUGGAGAGGUUCUGUGUUCCGCGCCGUGGGCGCGUCCUUCCAAACUUCCCCAAGCCAAACACUUGGCCUGCACUUCCCCAAGAUCCUCUUGCCUUCAUGCUAGAGCAAUGCGAACGCUGGAUGGAGCUCCAGAAUAUCCAGGGCGAGUGCUGGGACUAUAUCUGGAAUGGGUUUGCAGCGAUAUCCAAAUCUCUUCACGAGCGCGGUUGGCUAGAUGGGCCUUUUGCCUUGAUGCAUGGCGAUCUUCUACCGUACAACCUGCUCGUUGAUGUCCGGGGUUCAAAGACCGUGGAUAUCUCGGGUAUCUUGGACUGGGACUCUGCAAUAUUUGCGCCCAAGUUUAUGGCUUACCGCGCACCACUCUGGUUGUGGUUGCAUGCGGACGAUGGUGGUGACGCUGACGAGAUCGAAUGGAACGCCAACCUUGAACCUACAACAGUUCGGGAACGCGAGUUGAAGCAAGUCUUUAAAAACGUCGCCUCAGAGGAACAAACAAAGUUCGCCUUUGCUCUCGAGGCUAUGCUCGCACGUCGCUUGUUCCAGAUCUUGAAAGACGGCGUAUUCUCUAGUACCGCUAUCGAAGAAGCAGAGGCUAUUAUCCAGGAGUGGAAAGAGCUUCAUCCCGAGGAUAAGAUUCCUGGUGACGACGAGGAGGAUGACCCUGCUGAUCUGUUCGAUUCGGACGACGAGGCUGAAGAUGAGUAG